CACAGGCAUCACAGAGACUAUGAAAGAGCCUGAAACUCAAUUGUCCGACACAUCCACGCCUCAUCUCCAUCAACUCCUGACUGUCCCAGGCCAGGAUCUGACAAAGAGUCACCUCUACAUCUGGCUUGGCUCUAAGCUGACGCAACCAGCGACCAAAUCUCUACAGUUUAUACACGAGAGGUCACUUACAGAACAGCAGAGGCAAACAUUUAUGCUCUCUUCUCUUGAGAAAUCAAGGACCAAGUCUGCAUCACCUUUGGAGGGUUCAACACUCACACCAAACUUACCUUCAUUGGCCAUGUUCUUAAAGUUAGAACUGGAGAAGACCAUAUCGCAUACCGCAUCGUUGCCAUUCAAUCUAGAGAGGUCAGUGACCACAGUUUCACAAUCUGAAAAUGGGAGAUUAGUAAGCACGCCUCAACAGGUUGACCUAAACCGAUUAACAUCGACACUCAGUAGAGUAAAUGGUAGGCAGUUAGCCUUUGACAAAACUCCUGUAACAUACGUUUCCUCACCUCUUUAUCUGUACGAGGACCUGCCCCGAGUGCCUUUGACUCACAGCGGUCCGCUUGUGACUGUUUUAGCAGAUGACCAUACACCUAAAACCCACAGUGUUCAGAUAACUGCAGGACCACUGGGUGACAGGCCAGGAUCGCAGACAAUUGACCUCAGCCAAAAGACACAGCAUACUGGUGCACAAUCCAUAGCCUCACCAUCACAGGUACCUCUCCUAUCGCCAAUAUCAGCUAAGCAAUCCUGGCAAAUGGAGAGCAACAUGACUCUGGAGCCUUCCUUGACUCAAAUACCAUUAGCUGCUCCAGCCACAAGUGAACUGUACUCUGAAAUAACCUCAGUACCAAGGACGGAAUUAUACGUAGAUUCAGUGUUAUUCAUGAUGACGCCAACAAUGGCUGACUUUGAAUCCAACUUUGACAGUUCAUAUAGUAUUCCACAGGCAACUGUAGAGAUCCUGGGGACAACAGCUCACGGCCAGCUCUGGCCAAUAGAACUGUCUGCUGUUCAAAGACUAUACACAGAAUCCUCCCUCCUUCUGUUGCAGAGUCUGGAUCCCUCUUACCCUCAGUAUACCCAGUUCAUAGCCCAGGAGGAUCCCUCUUACCCUCAGUAUAUCCAGUCCAUAGCCCAGGAGAACACGCUGGGUAACUCCACUCAGACUUUUCCCACCGAUUCUCUAGAUUUCAUGUCACAGAGUGCAGAGAAAGAACAGACUCCGCUCCCAUCAAAGUUCUGUGAUUUAGAGAUAAGAGACCACUACUCUGAUCCAGUUUACAUCCAAACUGACACCUCAAGGCAGUUUUCCUCAGAGUCACACAAGGAUCGUCCACAAACAGCUGCAAUAACAGAUAAAAAUUCAGAAUACGUCUCUUUGCAGUUUCUCUCCAAGACCAAUCAGCUUGUAACUGCUACAUCGUUCUCACCCCUUCACUCUUCCCAAAGUCUACCCAGCAUCUCAGUAACCACGCAAACCUCCAGCAUUCCAGCAUCUGUCCUCAGUGCCACAAACAGGUCAGCUGUGCCAUCAAUGCACCAAUCACUGCCCAGGACUCAAGGUAUCACAAGCAUGGGCAGAGCAAUCACAGUGUGUCCAAUAACAGGUUACUGCCCUUUGACCUCCCUACUGAUUCUCAGCACCGGCUGGAGAGAGUAUGACGCAACUUCAAGAGUCUCAUCAGGUCCAGUUGAGAUGCGAGAGGUGUCUUUGGGCCUUGCUCCAACUGGAGUACUUAGAGCAUCUUCUGCACCCAUGUCUCCUUCAGCUGCCUCCUCAGGGCCCUCCAAUCUCCCUCCCAAAGUGUUGCAGUCCAUCCCACUUCUGGAAGCCACAGUCGGCUUCCCUUUCCACUACACAAUACCAUCAAGGACCUUUCUGGAUCCAGAGGAUGGGGCAGCAGAGUCCCUCUCCCUGGAGCUGACGUUCAUAGAUGGCCCUCCUGUGACUCUAGGGUCCUGGGUGGCCUUGGAUGGACUUGAGCUGCAUGGUGUCCCUCUGGAAGUGGACCUGCAGUUUGCCCCUCAGCAGCUGCUGCUGGCUGCUCGGGACAAUCAGGGCCUGGCUGCCUGGCUCCCCCUCACCUUGGACCUCCACCGCAGCCAUGCGGAGCCCUGCCACAGCUUUAGCCUCAUAGCUCACCGGAGCCUUUACUCCCUCCUCAGCCAGCGCCACAGGGUGGAGCUUCUCCUGGACAAGCUGUCCCGCUUCUUCAAUGACUCUGGCAGCCACCACCUUGCCGUGCUGUCCCUGGCACCUGGAUCCACUAUUGUGUCUUGGUACAACUUCACCCUAUGCCAGGUGGGGGGUGAUGGUGACGAGGGACGGUGCCCUGUGGGUCAGGUCUGGCGCAUGUGGGAGGAAAUUAGUUCAGAGGCCAGACAGAUUAGCCCUGCGUUCAGCCAGGCAAUGCUCCCAGAGUUCCCCAUCAGCAAGGUAGGCCCUGUGAGCUUCAGACGUGACUGUUUCUCCAGCCCAACUACUGCCACAACUAUAGCCUCUAGUCCCACUCUUUCCCCCAGUACUCCAUAUCCCACUUCUAUCAACACCGUCCCAGCCUCGGAUCCCACUGGUGCAUCAGUGCGACAGACAGACCCCUAUCAUUGGAUGGCCAGUGUGUUGACAGCUCUGCUAGUGGUCUGCUGUCUCUUUCUGGCAGUCACCGUUACAUUUAUAGUUUUCUAUUUCUGUAGAAGCCAUGUGAGGGUAAGGACUCUUGCGAUUUGGCCCUCAGAGGGGGUUGUCCCAGGUCACACCAUGGAUCUGAGGGCAAUAAGGCCAAGGAUGCCCCCACUGUUCCAACCAGAAGUACCCCCACCUCCCCCAAGGUUGUGGCUGAACACCUCACCAGCCAGUGGAGAAAAUCUGUCUCCCACAUAUCUCCAGGGCAGACAGCCUUAUCAAAGACCAGUGUCUUUUCACCCACCUCCACAAUACUAGUUCCCACCACAAUACCCACAUAACAGACCAUGGGAACACAAAUCCCAAGAAAAGCAUACAAACAAAUGAAUCCAUUCUUGGAAGUGAGGUUGUGACAUGUUCAUACACACACUACUCAUGCCACUACGAGGGUUGUUGAGACAACGGUGUUGCACAACCGUUUUGGAAGACAAAGUAUUAAUGGAUCUUAGGAGGGCAAUUAUAAAUGUGUCUUUUAUACUGGAACAUUGUAUUGCUGUGAUAAUCUACACACAUUUGUACUUCUAUGUACCAAAACGUACAACAUAA